UAAAAAACCGCCUAAGUUAGCCUGGAUUAGCAAUUAACGUUUGAUUAACGAAUUUUGUUUUUUCUGGAAAUUUCGACGUUUCACUUGUUUCGAUGUUCCAUCCCCUUGGGUAUUGUUCUGGAUCGGCUAUAAGACCCCUUGAAAACCAUCUGAGGCUCAGUCAAGAAGAUCGUCAGAUCGAAUCCGCAGUCUUUAGUAAAGUAACAUUUCCCUCUUGUAGUAGUAAUCAUGGCUCUCUUGAGUUACGAUCCUUUCUCCGAAUAUUAUUCUACACCUUACCCUCGGGAUACGUGGUCACUUCUUCAACAAGAUCCACUGUCACGUUGGGUGGAAUCGCCGUUUUCUUCGUUCUGGCCGAGAGAUUUGUUCAACACUCCCGCCCUCACGACGAGGCCUUCCCAACAGGCUAGAGAAGUCGUUAGCGACAAGGAUAAAUAUCAGGUGACUCUAAACCUUGGAGAUUUCAAGUCAAAUGAGAUCGAUGUGAAGCUGUUGGACAGAAAUCUGAUGAUCUGUGCGGAACACGAAGAAAAGCCUGAUGACCAUGGCCGUAUUUAUCGUCAUAUUAGGCGCCGAUAUCGCCUCCCAUCGAAUGUCGACUUUGACAACUUAAACGCCACUUUGUCGGAUAAUGGUACACUAGUCGUCUCUGCUCAAAAGAAAGCCAUCGAAGCGGGGAAGGAGCGUGAGAUUGAAGUGAAGCAGUUGCCGCCGCAACAAACUUCACAGUCCACUCCGCAGGUGACUCAAAAGGCGGAGCAGGGGAAUGUUAAAAUACCAGUUAUGCGCGAAACGGGCAAAAGUUAAGAUGUUGGGAACUCGAAAUUCCUAGAAAAUCCAUUUUGCUGGGGUGAAUUGUUUUUGGAGAGUCGAUGGUACUUACCUUUAAGGUUUUUUUAAAUUUUAUUUUAUCAUUUAUUUUGCUUUUUACUUUCUUACAUUUUAUUUCUUUGUUUCAUUACUAGACAAUACACGUCAGGUGUAUUAGAAAGUAAAAGUAACCCACUGUAACUUGUUUCCUUGUCAUAGUGGUCUUCGUUUCUGAGUGAUUGCUUGAAAUAAAAAGAAAACAUUCAAUUUAA